AUGGAAACAGUGAAGGAAAACAUCGUGAGGAAAUCGACAUGUCGAAGAAUCAAAGGUAUAGUAUACUUAGUUCUUAUACCUACCCUGACCCCUGUUAUGAAGCCCGUGUCCCUGCAGUGGGAACGCAUAUUGGUUGAUGAUGAAGAUGAUGAUGUUGCAACUACAAAAUACAAUAUGCUGACCCGCAAGGCAGUAGCUAAGGACAUGGAGAAUAAAUUAAAAGCUGCACUCCAUGAUUUGAAAACUUCACAAUCUUUAUGUGAAAAACUCAUACAAGAGCGGGAUGAAAGUGAAUUAGAGAUUCAAGAAAUAAUUAAAAAGAACUCUCUUCUAAAGGCCGAGCUGGCAGAACUACACAUGAAAUACAUUUAUAGUGAAGACAAGUGCAAAGCCCUCCAAGACAUUGUGGACAGCUUCCAGCAGUGCUCUAGUGACCAUAAGAUGGCUCUUAGCCGUAUCGCUAAGUUGGAAUGUAGCCUAAUGGAAGUGCAAGAGGACAAUCCCAAGCGGCAAUGCAACACACCAAGUAGUCUUCAUGAUGAAUUAGUUGAAUGUGGACAGCAAGAAUUGCAAGUGCCAUUGCUCAUUACCAUAGUGGGAGAUACUACAUAUUCUCUAAUGUGCGAUUUGUGUUCGCCGGAGCAUCCGGAAUCAAAAUCGUUCGAGGAGCUCGUUCGCCUAGUAACACAGCAUCUAGAACCACAGCGUUCUGAGAUAGCCGAGCGCCAUGUUUUUCGCUUACGUCGACAAGUCGUCGGCGAGCCGCUCACCGAAUACCUACAUAAUUUAAAACAUUUGGCGACUACGUGCAAUUUCGGCAGCAAUUUGGAAGAGAAUUUACGUGACCAGUUCGUUUCUGGAUUGGCGAGUGAGGCGAUGCGAUCGCGAAUUUUUGCCGAAAAAGACAUAAAUUAUAAACAGGCCGUGGAGCUGGCUCUGGCUUUGGAGGCGGCGGAGCGACACGCAGAGGUGAGCGCAGCCCCGAGCGCAGCAGGCGUGGGCGGCGGCGGCGGGUCGGCGGCGGGCGAAGGCCUGCACCAGGCGAGCGUACGGCGCUCGCAGCUUCGCGGGGCCGCGCGCCCGCCCGCGCAGCACGGCGGCGGCGGGAGCGGCGCGGGCGGCGGUGCCGGCGGCACCGGCCGCUGCUGGCGGUGUGGGAGGCCGCACCGGGCGGAUAAGUGCCGGUUUGCUAAUUAUAAUUGUGAUGAGUGUGGUGUACGUGGCCAUUUAAAAAAUAUGUGUAAAUCAGUGAGUGGCAAAGGGCGGGCGAACGCCCGACAUAAUUACGUGAGUGACGAUGAGCGAGACGAGGAAUUUUUCAACAUCCAAGUGGACGGUACAGGUGACCAGCCUUAUUUAGUUAUGGUUAAAGUGGAUGGACGUCCAAUCGAGUUCGAAGUCGAUACCGGCAGCCGAAUUUCGACCAUAAGCGAAGAUUUUUUUAGGCGUAAUUUUUAUAAUAAAACUGUAUUAUCUAAUAAUAUAAACAUACGCAGUUAUGUCGGUUCGACAAUAAACUCGCUUGGAUUUAUUAAUGUAUAUGUAACCCUCGGUAAGGUCUCAGUGUAUAAUUGUAAACUUUAUGUAAUUAAGAACGGGGGACGUCCUUUGUUAGGCAGAGAGUGGGUACGCGCUCUUGGAGUUAAAAAUAUAGCCAUAGAUUUACAGGAAAUUAAUGAGGAUGUAGGGAGCGAUCCAUUUGUGAGUCAAUUAAUGUGUGAAUUUCCGGAGGUGUUUACGGAGAAGUUAGGAACUUGUAAAAAAACAAUAACGUUAUAUGUAAAGGAUGAGAAGCCCGUAUACGUGCGCGCGCGACCUGUGCCGUUAGCACUGCGCGCUCGCGUUGAGAGCGAGCUGGCGCGGUUAGAGCGAGAGGGAAUUAUUUACCGCGUUGAGUCAUCCGAUUAUGGGACGCCGAUAGUACCCGUGGUUAAAGAAUGCGGCGAUAUAAGAAUUUGCGGUGAUUAUAAAAUUACUAUAAAUCCGAUUCUUAAGCGUGAUCCAUAUCCACUUCCUCGGAUCGAGGAGUUGUUCGCUUCACUGAGUGGGGGAGAAGAGUAUUCAAAAAUUGAUUUAAAACAUAGUUAUCAACAAUGCUUGUUAUCGAAUGAUUCACAGCGUUAUACGGCUAUAACUACGCACGUCGGUACAUUUGUAUAUCGUCGCACUCCAUUCGGUUUGUCGUGUAUCCCGGAGAAGUUUCAAAAGAUCAUGGAGGAAACCCUUCGGGGUGUUCCAAAUACCGUUGUAUUUUUGGACGACGUCUGUGUUACCGGUGUGGAUAGGAAAAGUCAUUUAAGAAAUUUACGUACAGUAUUAGAACGGUUACGGGCUAUGGGUUUUACUGUUAAAUUUGAAAAAUGCAGUUUUUUACAAAAAAGUAUUUAG